GUUCUACCAAAGUCCUUGUGAGUUGACUAAUCUUUGCGUUGGUGGAGAAGAUAAUGCUUGAAUUAAGGGCGUUCAUCAGCAUCCCCAAACCACUGAAUUUGAAGACAAGAGUAUUUUAAAUCUUAAGAUACUUCAAAAAGGAACGUCAAGAUCCAAAAGCAAAAUACUAGCCGCCGUUGAGCUAGACAUCUUUCUCUCUUUCCACAAAGUAUUUUCUUUGGGGAUUCCUCUCUAGGGAAUUUAUUGUUCCCUGCAAGCAUUUUGCAUUAAGAUACCAAGCUGCGCAUAUCAUGGGUCUCAUGCUUCUCAAGAAGUUCAGCCUUCUCUUCCUCCUCAUUUCUGGAUCACUUUUAUCAACUACUUCUUUUGCAGCAGGUCGACGAUCAGAGUUAAUCAAUGACUUGGCUGCAGAUGUGUAUUCAAACCAAGAGGAGGGAACGCCAAGAAAGCCACUGAAUGAGGAAGAAGUAACCAUCAUCCACGAGAGGCUUCUAAGGGCUAACGCAAAAGACUAUGGAAGAUAUGAUCCAUCGCCAACUCUAUCUAAGCCUCCUUCCAAGCUCAUACCCAACUGAAUUGAUGUUUAAA